AUGCCGCAAACGGUCACUGCACUAGCUCGCUGGUCUGUCGCCAACAAGCAAUUGCCUGCUGCCGAGAAGAUCAAAGCAUUGCACGUCUAUGAUUUUGACAAUACCCUCUUCAGCAGCCCUCUACCCAACUCGAAACUAUGGAACGGUCCAACCAUAGGCUUCUUGCAAACCCCAGAGUCGUUUACGAAUGGUGGAUGGUGGCACGACUCGAGGAUACUCGCAGCUACUGGGGAAGGCGUAGAGAAAGAAGAGCCUCGCGCAUGGGAAGGCUGGUGGAACGAACGCAUAGUUGAGCUUGUUGAGCUCAGUAUGCAACAAAAAGACGCCCUCACUGUCCUCCUGACCGGCCGCAGUGAGGAUGGCUUCGGAGAUCUUCUCAAGAGAAUGGCUAAGAGCAAAGGCCUCGACUUCGACCUGAUAUCCCUGAAGCCAAAGGCGGGUCCAAACAAUGAGCGUUUUUCAAAUACCAUGAAUUUCAAGCAGAACUUCCUGGAAACCCUCAUGGAGACGUAUAAGUCUGCUGAAGAGAUUAGGCUCUAUGAAGACCGCGUUAGGCACGUUAAAGGCUUCAGAGAAUACUUUCAGGGGUACAACAAGCGUCAGAAUGGCAUUGGAGGAAAGCCUACUCGCGGCCCCAUAACCGCUGAAGUAGUGCAAGUUGCUUCUGGAGCUACGCUCCUGGAGCCAGUUGUAGAAGCCGCUGAAGUGCAGCGCAUGCUCAAUGAUCACAACGAUCACGUCGACCGAGCGAAACGUGGCACGCGCCUUCAGAUCAAGAAGACGGUUUUCUAUACUGGUUAUUUAAUCAACAACACUGACACUCAAAAGCUACUUACACUAGCCAACCUCCCGCCAAACAUGCCAGAUACUGAGAUGAAGUUCCUCGCAAACAAUAUCCUCAUCACUCCUCGCCCAGCCCCGGAAAGUAUCCUGGAGAAGGUCGGCAAUAUGGGCAGCAAGACCGCCUGGGAAAUUACAGGCACUGCAGUUUAUGAGAACAAGAUCUGGGCUGCUUCUGUCCAGCCUGUUCCCAAAACUAAACAGUACUACACCGAGAACCCAGUUCCAAUUGUUGUCCUCGCUCUCCGCAAAGGCGCUCGUCCCAUUGAUGCAGGUAAGAUCCAGAAUUGGCAGCCUGUUCCACCAGAGAAGCAGUUUAUUUUCGAGAGCACUGUUGGCGAGAAAGUUUUGCUUCGCAUAGAAGAAGAGAACCCAGCUGAGAAUGAGUAUGAGAGUUUAUUCCCCAACAAGUCGCUGAAACGCAAACAACACGAUGACGACGAGUUCAGGCAAUCAAGUGGCUCACACGGCAAUGGUCAGAACUACGCAAGCGGUGGGCGAAAUAACUAUAACAGCAACCAGUCUUAUGAUGGACGUGGACGAGGACGUGGCGGCCGUGGUAAUGUCACCCAGCGCGGUGGGCGCGGUGGUAGAGGCAACGGGGGAGGAAGAGGUAGAGGCGGGCGCGGGGGAGGCUACCAUUACCGGUCACUAGACGACGUUGACAGAAAUUCAAACUCUGGCACGCCACACAGCUACAAUGCCGCUGUCGCUUAUGAGGAUUUCCCGCCGCUGCAGAAGCAGUAUCAGACGCCACAGCAAUUGGUUCAACAGCAGUUCCAGCAGUUUGAACAGUAUCAGCAACAACAGGCGAAAGGUGGCAAGCAAGGUGGCAGUAGUAGUGCCGAGUUACAAUAUUCCUGA